CCUUAGAGGACAUGUUACAAGCUCUCGUGAUGGACGGUCUGGACCCUAACAUGGUCAUGCUGCAGGAGGUGCUGGAGGUGAGUGCUGGCUGCGCGGUCAAGGCUGCGGGAAUCCUCUGUGCCUUCUGGUUGUGCGGACGGAGGAGAGCAUCAGUAGGGGCGUCUGGGUGUCCUUUAGCGCAAGGCCACCAGGUCUCAAGCCUCCCCGUGACACAGAUUCCUGGAUGUCCACGGUAGGGCCCGGCACUCUGCCAGACAGACUGCCCUCCGGACAACGCCCGGGAAGGUGGGACACACUUUGCAAACCCCUCUGGUCGGAUCUCAACCUGCACAGGAAUACUAAUACGGCCCCCCGAGGGUUGUUGGGAGGAUGAGAGUUAUACACAGAAUACUGGUCACCGGCAGUAUUGUUAUUAACGUCCAGAGAUGAAUGGCUCUGAAUCUCGUCAUUCAGCGAGCAGUUCAGCCGUGGCCCUGGCCAGCAGGCAGGGGUUUGUGUGGCUAAGCCGUGAAGAGAGCCCUUCUCUCCACCCUGCCCACCCCUCCUCGCCCCUGCUGUGCAAUUCUGCCUCCCAUGCAGCCCCGUCUUUGAACGUUCCUGUAGGAAGAGCUCAGAAGGGAAGAGGUGAAGGCCAGACACUGGCACAGCCUUGCUUGGCCAAGUUCAGGGGCGGGAGAUGUGGACGCAGCACAGGGAAGGAAAGGGCCGCUCCCGUCCCUGGCGGUGUCGGGGAGUCUCUUUCUCCCUUCCAGAUCAUCCUGCCUUGGUUAACCAUGUCGGAGAAAAUGCAGGAGCAGACCCGGGCCUUGGGCACCAUUGCCCACUUGUUGAGGUUCAUUUGCAAUUUCCCCAAACUGUUGCACAUGACGGAGUUCUCGAUCAGCGGGAAACUCAUGGGUACCUUGGGCCUUUUCUGCAUGAACCCCCAAUAUGACAUCUGCAUGAGGGCUUCAGAGGGGCUGCUGUACUUGUUCCAGGUCCUGGUGCUUCAAAGAAGAGGCAUGAAACAGAAGACGGAGCUCAUCCUGAAGGAGUUGCAGAAGCAUUUCCACGGGGAGUGGUUUGUCCACCUCCAGGAUCUCACCAUGUGCUUCAGGAAAUACCUGACCCCCGAGGAGAGGGCAGAUGUGAUAAUGGUCGCCAUGGAGGCCAUGACCAGUGCCGGGAGGAACGACGACUCUGCAGCUUCCAAGAUUUUAGAGAUGAUCCUGAAGUACUCGGUGCCAGCCAUCGGGAAGGUGCCGGAGAUUGUCCAGUACAUUUACCACAAUUUAUACAGCAUCACCGAGACCACAGCCCAGGACACCGUGAAGCAGGUCCUUCUCCUGCUGGCACAGACCUACACGGAUGAGGUCAUCCUGACCUUGUUUAAGAUGCAGGAUCGGUCCCCAAGCAGGGGGGCUCGCAAACCCUGGGGGAUCCUGGCCUCCUGUCCCAGAGGCUAUCAAACGAUUCUGGAGCACCUGCUGCAGAGGCUGACGCCACACCGGAAAGCAAGGGGCCUGGAGUCCGGCCACAGAGGAGAGAUCUCUGCGCUGAUUGCCACCAGAGCCAUCCACGAGCUCCUGCUGGAGCCGAGUCGGCGGACGGAGGUGCAGACCCUGUUCCCCUCGCUGAUCAUGGCCCUGCUCUUCCAGACCUCCUUUCUGGUGGUGGAAGGGGGCGCCGCCAGUGUCCAGGACCACCAGCACUUCACCGAAUGGAUGGACUCCGUGAGUUCCACUGUGGAGGCCCUGAAAACCUUGAUGCAAAGCACCGGGUAUGGGGACCACGUGUCUCACAUCCAGAAAUUCGGGGGCUGGGAGCUGCUCACCAGUCCUGACAGACACUAUGACGGGGUCACUCUGCUGGCCAGGGCCCUGGUCACCAAGAACUGCUGGCACAACCAGCCCAUCUUCAGUGUCGUCAUCAGUGACCUCCAGGGACUGGACUGCACCAGCUACCGCACGGCCCUGGUGUUCAUGGCUGAGCUGCUCCGGUGCCCAAACGUGGCAGCCAUUGUGGAUGACAUCACCGUCUACAUUCUGGCCGACGGGUUCCACAGUCAGGACCCCACCUCUGUGAAGCUAUUGCUGCGGGUGGUAGAGACGUUCGCAAAGCACGGGAACAUGGGCAGACAGCUCCGCCUCCUCCAGCCGUUCGUGCUGAACUGCUGCUUCUCCCUGGACGGUGACAUCGUAACGGAGACGUUCCUGGUGCUGCAGUGUCUCGUGGAGCACCUCACCUGGCAGCAAUCCUCCUCGUUCCUGGUCCAGCUCACCUUCACGCUCGGGCACUUCUUCGAGGAGGAGUCAGAACACCUGCGCUCGGCAGCCUUCGCGAUCUACGCGGCCAUCCUAGCCAAGGUCAAGAGGAGGUCCCUCAUCUUCCCCUUGAAGCACCAGGUCCUCAACUCGCUCGUCCUCCUGGUGCUGCACCUGCAGGAUAGGGACACCAGCGUGGCCCAGAACUGCCGGCAAGCCCUCUGCCACAAGGCCACCAUCCUGGGCUGGUCCAGGCUCAAGGCCGUCUUUGCCGAGAAGGACAUGUGGACCAUCCUCAGGGCCCUGCUGGAGAAGGAGGCUGGGAAAGCCCUGUGGUUUCUGAAGCAGUGUGUGAGCCUCUUCAAGAGCCCACAGGCCCCCAUCCGCCAGGCAGCCGUGUGGUUUGCAGGCCAGAUUAUCCAAACCCUAGACACGGAUGAGGCCGGUGAAAUUGAAGAGGCACACACAGCCCUGUGGUCCAUGAGGGAUGAUCCCGACCCCGCAGUCAGCUGCCUCGCCACGCAGACCUUCCACAUCGUGGAAGCCAAGGAGAAGCUGCUGGACAGAACGCAGACGUCCUGCUUCUGCCUCAGGAGGCCUUGGGAGACCGGCUUCUGAGGCCAGACAGUGACACAGGCCAGCUUCUGAGCCUGGACAUAGAGCUGUGUCCGCAGAACCUUUAGAAUAAAAGUAGACUUGUGA